AUGGCGUUUGUGUUGAGAGCGACGAUGAAUUGUUCCUGUUCGGUUGGCACUCGGGUCCUCUCCAUUCUUUCACAUCUGAGCGUUGUUCUCCUCACUAUGUUUGUGGACCUUUAUUUCAUUCGUAUCAUCACAGCUGGUUUGCCAGAAUCUGUUUCUCUCGAGCUGUACGUCUUCAAAGCCAGCAGGAUGAGGAUCGUGUGUUGGCUUUCCGUUCUAUUUCUGAUUGUCGAGCUGAUGUCCUUGCUAUUUUGCACGAAGGACCAUUUCAAUGACCGGAACGCUAUUGCUACUUGCAUGCAUACAGUCGGAAUCGUCGCCUUGAUCUUCUCCAUCGACAUCGGUUCCGUCUUCGCGUUUAUGCUCGGUCUUCUUCCUACAGCUUCCGCAUUUGUUGUCGAGUGUAUUAGUGUUGUGGAGCUUUUCUCCGCUGCGCGAAAAUCAAGUGGAUUGACUCUGGUGUAUUGACAUUGAGGGAACCUCUAUUCUCCACCACCUUAUGCCUUAUGAAGCGUCCAUCUGUGUUUUUGUUAUUCCUUUAUUUUUGUGGAGUUUGUUUUCUUUUUAUAUCACGUAUUGUUUUAAUCCAUUUGCUAUGCUAUUCACUUGUGGUUGUGUAGUCGUACACGCUUACUGGUUUCGGUCCUGACACUCUUUUCUCUCGUUCCACCAGAUCAUACAUUUUGAGAGAUGAGAAACCGCAUUCCAAUCCAUAACAUCGCCAAUAAAAUCAGGGGGUGUGUUGUAUGGAAAGACGGAGUAGUAGUCUAUAUCGAAUCGACUUUUGAUAGUCACUUAAACGAACCCCGUGCAGCUUUAUCUGUGUCGAACUAUGCACAUAAAUUUUGAAGACUGCAUUUAUCAUGGACACGAAAGCAAACGCUUA